AUGCCUAAAAAAAAGGAAUCUAUGCCGGCGCAGAGCCAAAUGCCGGCAGGCAUACCUGACCAGGACAUUACAGAUGAAGAACAAAGUUUGAAUGAUGAUGAUGAAACUAAUGAUGAUGAUCAUCAAGACUAUGUUCAAGAACUUGUAAACAAAUAUGCCGGCGCAGAGCCAAAUGCCGGCAGGCAUGCCGGGCGCGGAGUGGCCAAUCCCAGCAGGGAUGCCGAUCCAGGCAGGGAUGCCGAUCCAGGCAGGGAUACCGGAGAGGUCAAUACCAGCACUCCCAAAAAACGUACUGCAUCAGAGAAGCAGCAAGCACAUUUAGAAAAAAGCCGAGAAAACGCUCUUCAGGUUAGACGAGAACUUGCCGCCAAGAGAAAAGAAGAGAGAGAACUAGAAAAGAAGAGAAAAGAGGAUGAACGGAUUCUUGCUAAGGCCGAAGCCCUUAGAGUGGAACAGGAAAAAUGUGUCGAGGCUAGGCUCCGCAACUAUAUGAAGGACUUACAAAGUCACAAGACUAAAGCAAAGUGA